UCUUUCGUCAGCUCCUUUCUAGUCUAACCAAUCCUUCCAUGGCUUUUUCCUUUCUUUUUUCAUUUAUGGUUAUAAUUUUCUCAACUCAGAAAUGGCGCUAAUUGCUCUGUUCGUGUCGGCGACGAAGCUCGCCGGAAUCCUAGUCACUGUCACCGUCGCCACCAACGCCUUCUCUUUCUCCCGCUAUCGCCGGAAAAAUCUCCGCCGCUUCCGCUCUCCUAUCGAUGAGUCCUCCGACACUCUAGCCGACUUCAAUCUCAACGAUGGCGAGAAUGAGUUUUUCUUCGGGCUGGCGACAGCGCCAGCACAUGUUGAGGACAGGUUAAAUGACGCUUGGCUCGAGUUCGCGGAAGAAAAUCCUCACAAGGAAACUGAGAUACAGGAGGACCACCCGAAGCUAGUGGAUGCCUUGGCGGGUCCAGCUAGUGGUGAUGGUGGGUCUCAACAUGCUUCAUCUUCUCGUGAUAAAGCUAACAAAACAGUUAAGAAGAAGAAGCCUCUUAAGAUAGCUAUGGAAGCAAUGAUUAGAGGGUUCGAGAAGUACUUAGAAGGAGGAGGAGAAGAAGAAGGAUCUGUUCCAAAUCAAGAAGGUCAUCAUAACGUAGCAGCAUGGCACAAUGUCCCACACCCAGAGGAGAGGCUAAGGUUUUGGUCUGAUCCAGAUACAGAACUGAAAUUGGCAAAGGAUACUGGUGUCAGCGUAUUUAGAAUGGGAAUAGAUUGGUCGCGAAUUAUGCCAGUGGAGCCAUUGAACAAUCUUAAAGAAACGGUUAAUUAUGCAGCUUUGGAGCGUUAUAAGUGGAUAAUCAACAGAGUUCAUUCAUAUGGAAUGAAGGUUAUGCUGACUCUUUUUCAUCACUCAUUGCCAUCAUGGGCUGGGGAAUAUGGUGGGUGGAAGCUGGAAAAAACAGUAGAUUAUUUCAUGGAUUUUACCAGGCUUGUUGUCGACAAUGUAUCGGAUUUAGUAGACUACUGGGUGACAUUUAAUGAACCUCAUGUCUUCAGCAUGCUUACUUAUAGUGCGGGUGCUUGGCCCGGUGGUCAUCCUGAUAUGCUGGAGGCUGCGACUUCCGCUUUGCCAACGGGUGUUUUCCAGCAAGCCAUGCAUUGGAUGGCUAUUGCACACUCUAAAGCCUAUGACUAUAUCCAUGAACGGAGCAUCUCGCCAAAUCCGAUAGUUGGAGUAUCUCACCAUGUCUCGUUCAUGCGGCCAUAUGGUCUCUUUGAUACUGCUUCUGUUACGAUCGCCAAUUCCUUGACUCUAUUUCCUUAUGUGGAUAGCAUUUCUGACAAGCUUGAUUUUAUAGGCAUAAACUACUAUGGACAGGAAGUGGUGUGUGGUCCUGGAUUGAAGCUAGUAGAAACAGACGAGUAUAGCGAAUCUGGACGUGGCGUGUAUCCUGAUGGCUUGUACCGCAUGCUGCUUCAGUUCCAUGAAAGAUACAAACAUUUGAAUGUACCCUUCAUCAUUACUGAAAAUGGGGUAGCUGAUGAGACAGAUUUAGUUCGUCAGCCGUAUUUGUUAGAGCAUCUAUUAGCUGUUUAUGCAGCCAUGAUCAUGGGUGUCCCAGUGCUAGGCUACCUGUUUUGGACUAUUUCCGAUAACUGGGAGUGGGCCGAUGGAUAUGGUCCCAAGUUUGGACUUGUAGCUGUUGAUCGCGCCAAUGGCCUUGCGAGGAAACCACGCCCUUCUUACCAACUAUUUACUAAGGUGGUGACGACGCAUAAAGUUACACGUGAAGACAGGGCACUCGCAUGGAACAAACUCCGCAGAGCUGCAAAAGAGAGAAAAACGCGACCUUUUUACCGUGCAGUUAACAAACAAGGUCUGAUGUACGCAGGGGGCCUUGAUGAACCUAUACAACGACCUUAUAUCGACCGUGAUUGGCGAUUUGGACACUACGAGAUGGAAGGUCUUCAGGACCCGGUAAGUCGCUUAUCGAGACUUAUUCUUCGACCUUUCUCCCUCGCAUGGAAGCAGAAGCAAAGAAAAGAUGAGGACGUUCCAUUGGUUCUUCAACCUCUUGAGCUUAGUGUCUGAUUAGCACUUCCUCUUUCACUUUCUAAAACUAAGGGCCCAGCAUUUAUAAGCACACGAUACAUCAAAGCCUGGAGGGAAAAUCUUGCAUUUAAAAAGAAAAGUAUACUUUUUUUUAUUUUUAUUUUCUCUUCAAGUGUAAUGUUAGUUCUCUCUUUGGUAUUUAAAACAGUUUUCAAUUUAGAUGGACGAACAGUUUCCAAAACAGGAAUGGCGUCGUCUUGAACUUCGAGUGCAAUUUCCUUGAGAGAGUUUUCCAAUCAGCCAUGAUCUCUAUCAAAUUUGCAAGUGUCACUCAGCAAAUCGUUGGAGAGAAUUGGACGAAGAAGAGACUAUAUAUAUAGCGAAGAGACCUAUAUAUAUAGCCUCAAAGUCGGUAGAAAAGGAAACGUACUUAAAAGAAACAAAAAAAAAAAAAAUAAUAAUAAUAAUAUCA